AAAUUCUGUCUUACAUACAGACAGAGUUACCUUCUCUUGGCUGUGUUUUAAUUUGAUUAUAGCAAUGAAUUGCUUUUUUUCUUAAGGCUAAAGUGAUUGUACUUUGGGGUACUAAUGGGUUAAAUGCUAUUAUGGGAAAUUAGCUCUGACCAAACAUUGGUGCUUGCUCACAAAUACACUGGGCUCCGGCAGUAUAAAGUCUGAGAGAAAUGAGUGCCUUGGAGAGACAGUUCUCGAAGUGACAGCGGGAGGGAAUAAGUGUGAGCAGCUCUUCAGCAGUAUGGAGUCAUCUGAUUGUCAAAGAAAGAAAGUAGCUGUUAUUGGUGGUGGCUUGGUUGGAUCACUACAUGCAUGCUUCCUUGCAAAAAGGAAUUUCCAAGUUGAUGUAUAUGAAGCUAGGGAAGAUAUUCGAGUGGCUGAAUUCGCACGUGGAAGAAGCAUUAACUUGGCCCUUUCUUAUAGAGGACGGCAAGCCUUGAAAGCCAUUGGCCUAGAAGAUCAGAUUGUAUCCCAAGGUAUUCCCAUGAGAGCAAGAAUGAUUCACUCUCUUUCAGGAAAAAAGUCUGCCAUUCCCUACGGGACAAAGUCUCAGUAUAUUCUUUCCAUAAGCAGAGAAAAUUUAAACAAGGAUCUUCUGACUGCUGUUGAAAAAUACCCCAAUGCGAAAGUGCACUUUGGCCACAGGCUGUUGAAAUGUUUUCUUGAAGAAGGAAAAAUCACAGUGCUUGGAUCUGACAAAGUUUCAAAAGAUGCCACUUAUGACCUCAUUGUAGGAUGUGAUGGAGCCUAUUCAACUGUCAGAGCUCACCUCAUGAAGAAGCCUCGCUUUGAUUAUAGUCAGCAAUACAUUCCUCAUGGGUACAUGGAGCUGACUAUUCCACCUAAGAAUGGAGAUUAUGCCAUGGAACCCAAUUAUCUACAUAUUUGGCCCAGAAAUACCUUCAUGAUGAUUGCACUUCCUAAUACGAACAAAUCUUUCACAUGCACUUUGUUCAUGCCCUUCGAAGAGUUCGACAAACUUCUAACCAGUAGCGAUGUGCUGAAUUUCUUCCAGAAGUACUUCCCAGACGCCAUCCCUCUAAUUGGAAAGCAAACCCUGGCAAAUGAUUUCUUUCUAUUGCCUGCUCAGCCCAUGAUAUCUGUAAAGUGCUCUUCUUUUCACUUUAAGUCACAUUGUGUACUAAUGGGAGAUGCGGCUCAUGCCAUAGUGCCAUUCUUUGGGCAAGGAAUGAAUGCGGGAUUUGAAGACUGCUUAGUAUUUGAUGAGUUAAUGGAUAAAUUUAAUAAUAAUCUUUGUUUAUGUCUUCCUGAAUUCUCAAGACUUAGAAUUCCAGAUGACCAUGCAGUUUCAGAUCUAUCCAUGUACAAUUAUAUAGAGAUGCGAGCACACGUCAACUCAAGGUGGUUCAUUUUUCAAAAGAAUGUGGAGAGAUUUCUUCAUGCUAUUAUGCCAUCUACAUUUAUCCCUCUCUAUACCAUGGUCACCUUUUCUAGAAUAAGAUACCAUGAGGCAGCACUGCGUUGGCACUGGCAAAAAAAGGUAAUAAACAAAGGACUCUUUUUCUUUGGUUCACUGAUAGCCAUCGGUAGUACCUACCUACUUAUGCGCUAUAUGUCCCAAGGACCUCUGGACUACUUGAGAAGACCAGGGCACUGGAUUGCUCACUUCCGGAAUACAACAUGCUUCCCUACAAACUCCAUGGAGCCACUAGAACAAAUUCCCAAUCUCAUUAGCAGGGGAUACAAAGGUUCUGAGAUAGCAAACGCUUGAUUUCUCUGUAAUCAAAAUUAAGGAUCAAAACAUGUUUCCAUUGCCAUAUUAACACACUAAUGGAAAAUAGCUGUCAGUUUAUAAUUAAACACAAUGUAGAACUUCUGUGUUAACUGCAAUUACUAGGGGGUUGGGGGAGGGCACUGUUUCUUUUUGUUAUUGUUGUUUUUUAAAUUGCGAUGUGCAAAUUCUCCACCACAUUAUGCACACUGUCUGGGUCAUUCUAAACAAAGAAGUGCAAUGACCAAGAUCGCUUUCACUUCUCCGAAAGGAAAGCCCCAGAGACCCUGGGGAAGACUCCGAUCACGAUUUCCUUAUAAAGGAUGUUGUAAGAUUCAACAGAAUUGACUCAUUACCAGGGACUAGAAAUCACAAAUUGCCUCAUAUAUUAACUGACUUCUCAUCACCUGGAUGGAACUUACCACUUGAUAAAACAAGAAUAAAUGAGGAUUCAAGGAC